GUUUCCGCGGAGGCCGAAACCCCACUUCACUUCCACGGGUCGAGGAGGCGGUCGAGAACGGGGCGGAGCGACGAUGGGGGAAUCGAAGAUUGUCCACUCGGCGAUGGUCACCUACACUUCCAUGAUCUCGCUUCUCACCCUCUGCCCUCCCUUCGUCAUCCUACUAUGGUAUACAAUGGUUCAUGCUGAUGGCUCCGUGUUGCAAACUUAUGAGUAUCUCAGACAACAUGGACUUAAGGGCUUUAAGAAUAUCUGGCCAACACCAUCCGCUCUCGCAUGGAAAAUCAUUGCCUGCUUUGGUGCAUUUGAGGCUUUUCUUCAGCUUGCACUGCCUGGGAAAAGGGUUGAGGGUCCAGUUUCCCCAUCAGGCCACAUACCUAUCUACAAGGCAAAUGGUUUGCAAGCUUAUGCGGUGACUUUAAUUACUUAUCUCAGCCUUUGGUGGUUUGGAAUUUUUGACCCUGCAAUCGUUUAUGACCAUCUGGGAGAAAUUUAUGCAGCACUUGUUGUGGGAAGCUUUGUCUUUUGCAUUUUCUUAUACAUAAAAGGUCACUUGGCACCAUCUUCAUCUGAUUCUGGAUCAUCCGGGAAUGUGAUAAUUGACUUCUACUGGGGAAUGGAAUUGUAUCCUCGUAUUGGUAAAAAUUUUGAUAUCAAAGUGUUCACAAACUGCCGAUUUGGUAUGAUGUCCUGGGCUGUUCUUGCUGUGACUUAUUGCAUCAAACAGUAUGAAGAAAAUGGCCGAGUGGCUGAUUCAAUGCUCGUAAAUACUGUAUUGAUGCUGGUGUAUAUUACCAAGUUUUUUUGGUGGGAAGCUGGAUAUUGGUCCACUAUGGAUAUUGCUCAUGAUAGAGCUGGAUUCUAUAUUUGCUGGGGAUGCUUGGUAUGGGUUCCAUCAGUCUAUACUUCCCCUGGGAUGUACCUGGUUAACCACCCUGUAAAUCUGGGUACGCAGCUUGCACUCUUUAUACUUGUGGCUGGACUUCUGUGCAUAUACAUCAAUUAUGACUGUGAUAGACAAAGACAAGAAUUCCGCAGAACAAAUGGGAGAUGUUUGGUUUGGGGAAAAGCUCCAUCGAAGAUUGUAGCAUCCUAUCGGACCACAAGUGGGGAAACAAAAACCAGCCUUCUUUUGACUUCUGGCUGGUGGGGUUUGUCUCGUCACUUCCACUAUGUGCCCGAGAUAUUAGCUGCAUUUUGCUGGACUGUGCCUGCUCUUUUCAAUCAUUUCCUGCCUUACUUCUAUGUGUUGUUUCUGACUAUUCUCCUUUUUGACCGAGCAAAAAGAGAUGAUGACCGGUGUUCCUCCAAGUAUGGGAAAUACUGGAAGAUGUACUGUGAUAAGGUGCCUUGCAGGAUUAUACCUGGGAUCUAUUAGAGUUUGUCUGUUGAUCUGCUUGUGCCCCAUGGAGGAAUGCUUUGCUAGCUGCUUCACUCAUGUAACAUCAUGUUGUACGUUGUGAAAUUUCAUAAAUUAUGUAUGAUGUGCAAAUGACCCUCUAGUUAUCAAGCUAAAAGACAUCUUGGAAAUUUUUCGCUGCUUUUCA